AUGUUCAGGCAGAUCCUAGUCCAUCCCGAUGAUCAACCGCUUUCGAGAAUCUGGUUUCGCUUUGACUCGGAACAUCCUCUGAAGGCCUAUCAACUAGUGACAGUAACAUACGGACUGAAUAAUUCUCCCUUUCUGGCGACAAGGGUGCUGAAGCAGCUGUCUGAAGACGAAGAAGUGAAUUUCCCGCUUGCGGCACCAAUUGCAAGGAAGGAUUUCUCCAUGGACAACCUUCUAAGUGGUUGCAGCGAUGAAACGGAGCUGAUGACAAUUCAACACCUCGACUGGGACGCGCCGUUGCCAGAAGGUUUCCGGAAAGAUUGGCAGGAAUUCCAGGACAGCAUACCCUUCAUCCGGGACUUCAAGGUUUCCCGCGCAGUAGUGAAGUACCCCUACCACCGGCUUGAGUUACACGGGUUCAGCGACGCGUCGGAGCUAGCCUACGGUGCGUGCAUCUACCUCCGGUCAGUGGACGAGAACAACAAGUGCACCGUUGAACUCUUGAUAGCCAAAUCUCGUGUUGCGCCCAUCAACAGUAAAUCGGUUCCGCGGUUGGAGCUUUCCGCUGCGCUCUUGCUAGCACACUUGCUCGAGUUGGUGAGUAAAAGCACAUCUCUUUCCGUACCCGUCUACCUGUGGACGGACUCCACCGUGGUGUUGAGCUGGCUAGCGGCACCACCAUCAACAUGGAAAACCUUUGUGGCGAACAGAGUGGCGGAGAUACAGGAGAUCACAUCGUCUGCCGUCUGGAACCACGUGCCUUCGGAAGAUAACCCAGCGGAUAUGAUAUCACGAGGCGUCAAUCUUCGGGAUUUGACUGAGUGCACUUUCUGGUGGCAUGGGCCAAGAUGGCUCAGGCUGUCUACGUUACCGUGGCCGGACAAAUACGUGGUGAAUAUCGAACAAAGUGAAGAACUAGAACCUCGUAAAACCGUCGCGUUACCGAUAAUAGCAGAGAGUGAAGACAUUAUCGACCGAUAUUCGCAGCUCGGUCGCCUGCUAAGAGUUUGUGCGUGGGGGCAUCGGUUCCGUGAAAAUAUUCGUCGCGAAGUGACUGAUCGCGCUACCGAUCCGUUGUCGUCCGCGGAAAUCGAUUACGCGCUCGUCGGUCUCGUUCGUCGUGUGCAAGAGGAACAUUUUGGUCCGAAGAUCGCUCGGCUCGAGCAGGGGCUUCCCGUUGGCAAGAAGUCAAAGUUGCGGUUCCUGAAGCCGUCACUUGUCCAGGGCGUUAUUAGAGUCGGCGGCCGGCUCCAUCAUUCUGCGCUCUCUGUUGACGAAAAACAUCCUAUCGUACUCCCUGCUAAACAUCACCUGACGUGGCUGAUCGCCGCUUCGGAACACGCAAGGACUCUCCAUGGUGGUCCGACUCUUCUACUUUCGUCGCUUCGUCAACGGUUUUGGCCACUCAAUGGGCGGAAUCUCGCUCGAUCCGUCGUUCAUCAGUGCGUCACCUGUGCUAGAGCUCGUCCUCGGUUGCUCGAGCAAAUGAUGGGAGAUCUGCCACCAGUGAGGGUCAACCGAUCCUUCCCAUUUGACAACGUUGGCGUUGAUUUUGCUGGACCUCUCUACGUGCGCCACUCGAGUCGCAAGGCGGCUUCGAUCAAGGUGUAUGUCGCAGUCUACGUGUGUCUAGGGAUCAAGGCGGUACAUCUCGACUUAGUACCUGAUCUUACUACCGAAGGGUUCGUCGCCAGUCUUUGUCGCUUUGUCGGCAGGCGAGGAAAACCACAUCACAUCUACUGCGACAACGGUCGUAACUUCGUUGGUGCGCAGCGAGAGCUGGGAGAACUACGUAGACUGUUUCUAUCCCAAGCGCACAAGGACGCCGUGACAAAGGAGUGCACCGACGGAGGAAUAGAAUUCCACUUCAUACCGCCCAGAUCGCCGUCAAUGGGUGGCAUUUGGGAAGCUGCGGUGAAGUCAAUGAAAUUUCAUCUUCGACGUGUUGUGGGGAACGCGUUGCUCACUGAAACAGAACUUCGUACUGUGCUGAUUCAGAUAGAAGCAACGUUGAAUUCCCGCCCCAUUUCACCAAUGUCCGAGGAUCCACAAGACCUGGAACCUCUGACUCCAGGACACUUUCUGGUUGGCAGACCACUCAAUGCCAUACCGGAACCAGACCUUGGUCACGUGUCGGAGAAACGGCUGUCGCGCUGGCAGCGAGUUCAAAACUUGUCGCAGCACUUCUGGAGACGAUGGAGCAGAGACUACCUCAGCAACCUUCAGAAUCGCUACCGUUGGACGGAUGUCUCAGCCAAUUUGGUGAAGAACACGAUUGUCUUGCUUCAGGAAGAGAACUUGCCUCCGCAGAAGUGGGCUAUCGGGAGGAUCGUCGAAGUUCAUCCGGGCAAGGAUGGGCUCGUAAGAGUUGUCUCGGUAAGGACAGCCGCUGGAGUGACACAGAGGGCAGUUAGUAAGCUGUGUCUGCUACCUGUGGAAAUAGACGCAGAGCUUGCAACCGCUCCGUUGAGCGUAGUGAGCCGUCCGGCGCCAGACGAGGAGGAAUAA